AUGGCAAGCUCGGCGAAUAUUACAACAAAUGACCUUACCCACUGGACAAAGCAGUGCGAAAAGCAGCGAUCAUGGGGCAUUUGGGAACACUUCAACCGUCUGACGGGCUGGAGGAAGAGUGCUUUCAUUAACACCAUCCUAGUCUUCGCCGUGCUGCUGGUCCUUAUUUCACUCCACGUUGUGGUUUGGGCGAAAUCAGGUAGCCUGGAUGGGUCUCAAAUCAUCUAUUCUGGGAGCUGUCUCGGCAACAGCGUCGGCCGUUUGAACACGUUCUUGCAUCUGCUCAUCAACAUCCUCUCCUCGCUGGUGCUUGCGUCUACCAACUUCUUCAUGCAAGUUCUCAUUGCACCGAGCAGAGCUGAACUCGACAGAGCUCAUGAGAAAGGCAACUGGCUCGAUAUUGGUGUGCCUUCGCCCCGGAAUGCCUUCAGAGUCUCCAAGUUCAAAACAAUCAUGUGGUUACUGUUCUUCCUGUCGUCGAUUCCUAUCCAUUUGCUCUUCAACUCGGUAAUCUUCUUAACGGACCAUCGCGACGCGAACUUCAGCUACUUUGUUUUCGACGAAUCCAUAUCGACCGGAGUAGCUGUGUUUGACCCAGGUGCCAGCCUUUCAAUACCCCUCCAGGAUUUGAUGGGAGACUUUGAGUCUGACGACUACGAUUUCAACACAAAAAUUUGGAGAAACAAAACGACUUUGGGAAUAUCAAGAAAUACAUUUUUCGAGACAGCCCAUGUCAAUAGGAGUCGAACGAUCCAAACAACUGUGCAAGCGAUUUCCAACGGCACAUGGCACAAACUCGACAUAAGCACUUGCAAAUCGAUAUACAAGACAGAUUCUUGCUCCGGACUGCGGAAAUAUCGUAACGUGGCAAUAAUCCUCAGUGGAUCUUCGGGAUGGAACCGUUCGCAGCUAUGGGACCUGCCUGCGGAUGAAUCUUCGUUCUGGGACGCACACGUGCCGAGUAGCGAGAAUAAUGCUUUAUGGUUCGCCGAAGUGUCGGAAGAAAAUGAUUCGAAUUGCCUCAUGAAGAUCGAAACCGUCCUGGCCGACAGCGGCAACGAUAUGAUCAACCACUGUUACAACCGAUGCAGCUAUUCUAUGGGACUACACAGCAAUGAAUCUGAUGUGUUGAGCUAUCAACUGUUCGGAACCGGCAUCACAAUAGCAUCGGUUUCAACUAGACCGCAAUUCGACAAUUCCAGCUUGGGCAUUGAAUAUUGUCUGGCAGAGCCACUCGAUACGGUGUGCCAAAUCGGACUGGCGUCGACAUUGCUGUUGUGUGUCUCUUUCUGGCAGGGAUCUUUCGGCCAGGACGCAGGGAACAAUACGAUCUCUUUCCCGCAAAGUUUCACGCCCAGUUUUGAGAUGGCUCUGUUCAUUGCAAACGCGCCGCAGCUUUUCCUGUCUUUCGCGUAUCUCGCGUACAAUAGUCUUUUCACAAGGCUGCACAUGGCCAAGGAAUGGUCCGCUAUGAGCACUCGGUACAAAGGUCUACGAGUGACCUAUCCCAUGGGCCAGCAGAGCUCGACAUACUUCCUCCAACUCCCAUACAGAUACAGUGUCCCCUUGAUCAUCAUCAGUAUCACGCUACACUGGGUCUUAUCUGGAUGCAUUUACCUACUCGUCAUGCAAGGCGAGUAUUUCGCUCAAUUCUCCCAGAAUGGACCUCUCAGUUCAUUCACGGCCCUCGGAUUCUCCACGAAGUCCAUAUUCGUGAUGCUGACACUCGAACUAUGCCUGAUAUUUAUACCGCCUAUCUUCGGCUUCAUACGCCUCCCUCCCAAUAGCAUCGUGGUGGGAAGCAACUCCUUCGCCAUUUCAGCCUCCUGUCACAUCUCGCCGCUCGUAGGCCAAAGCCAGCCGCAGCCAAACAGGUCCUCCAUGGAAAGCUCGCGUGGCCACCAGGAUGAUGGGAUCGAGCUACGGCAUCUCAUGGCGCCAAGUCCUGGCCCCUCGCCCCUCGGUAGUCAGAAAUCGGAGGGUUGGAAGGACGAAGAGGAGUGGAAGGCUACGCUGCUUCGGGUUUCGCAGAGCAGAAUUAGAUGGGGCGUAGUGAAUAUGCCGCCAUCGUGGUCGGAGCAGUUCGUUAAGCGGGAGACUGAAGUUGAGCAUAUUAGUUUUGGCCUCCCUGAAGAUGAUGUGCAGCCUCCUGCCGUUGGCCACUGGUAUGCUUAG